AAUCUCCACUCCAUUUCUUCUUCUUCCCCAUCAUCAAGAACCGACGGUUAAGGCGCUGUGGCUACUCAUCAUCAAUCUUCGCGAUCUGUUUUCUCUGAUCAAAUUUCAGGCGACGGCGAUGAGGAAUCUAACUAAUUGCCUCUUCUUCUUCUUCUUCCAUUCUCUGCUCGGGCUAUUACUGUUGACGAUCCUCUCUUCCGUAGACGCCAAUUCAAUCAGCCUCAAACCUCAGGAAUCUGCGUAUGCAUCCCCUUUCUCCAUUAUUACCGCCACUACUACGUCUCACUCUCAGCUCAAUCAAACUAUUGCUGCUGUUGCUGCAAGUUGUUCAUACACGGUUACUAUAACGACAAGCUGCUCGUCUCCCAAAUACACCCGUGACCAAAUCAGUCUCUCGAUGGGCGAUUCCUUUGGAAACCAGGUAAAUGCACCGCGAAUAGACGACCCAUCAAGUGGCGCAUUCGAGCGGUGCUCGGUUGAUACAUACGAUAUAUCAGGGCCAUGUUUGUACGAGGUGUGUUAUUUGUAUCUAUAUCGGAGUGGUUACGAUGGUUGGAUGCCUGAAUCAGUUCAGGUCGAUAGUUAUUAUACUGGCACUUCCACAUUCUUUUAUGACACUUACAUUCCGGCCCAAAUUUGGUAUGGUUUCAAUUAUUGCCAGAAUCCUCGACCUUCAGGGUCCUCAUCGAUGUUUGUUGCUUCUAAGUCAUUGCCCAUACUCGUAUUUAUGGCGUUUUUAUUAGUAGCUAUUUUCAAUAUCGAAGCUGCUUAAUUUGUAAGGUUUGAUUUUUACACUUUAUAUGUACACUAUUUAUUAUUAGAAUCAUCCAUCACUAU